AUGGCGUCUAACAUUGCUUUCGACAUUGCGCUCUUUUUCUGGCGCAUCAUCAUCAAUCUCUUCUUUCGUGAGAUUCGUCCACGCUCGUCAUGGCGAAUCCCACGCGAAGGCCCCGUUAUCUUUGUGGCCGCACCACACCACAACCAGUUCCUCGAUCCUCUCCUCCUCGCUUCGGAAGUGCGACGUGCUUCCGGCCGCAGGGUUGCUUUCCUCAUUGCAGAAAAAAGCAUCAAGCGUCGCUUUGUCGGAGCUGCUGCACGCAUCAUGCAAUCCAUCCCUGUUGCCAGAGCAGCUGACAGCGCCAAAGCCGGAAAAGGUUACAUUUCGCUCCAUCCCUCUGGCGAUCCUCUUUUGAUACAGGGUCACGGCACCGCAUUCAAGUCGCAGCUGCAGCUCAAAGGCCAGAUCAUGCUUCCCAAGGCCUGCGGCCACGCCACCGUCGAGGUGGUCGAGGUUAUCAGUGACACCGAGCUCAAGAUCAAAAAGGAAUUCAAAGACCCUCGCGCGCUCGACAUGCUGCGAGGCAAGGUGCCGCAACCAGAACCAACCAAGAGCGACAAAAAGCCAUCCAAGAGUUCAAGCUCCAAGGCGCUAGAGAAGGUCGCUGCUGAUCUGUUUGAGAACCAGGGCUGCCGAUAUUCGUGCCUCCCCUUUGUUGACCAGACGCAGAUGUAUGCCAAGGUGUACGACAAGCUCGCCGAAGGUGGAUGUCUUGGCAUCUUCCCCGAAGGUGGAAGCCACGACCGAACCGAUCUGCUGCCUUUAAAAGCCGGUGUUGUCAUUAUGGCCCUUGGCGCCAUGUCGGCCAAUCGCGAUUUAAACGUGCGCAUCGUGCCCGUCGGCCUCUCGUACUUCCAUCCGCACAAGUUCCGUAGCCGUGCUGUGGUCGAGUUCGGCGCGCCCAUCGAUGUACCUCGCCAGCUCGUCGGUCAGUUUGACGAAGGCGGAGAGGGCAAACGAAAAGCGGUGGGGCAGAUGAUGGACAUUGUCUAUGAUGGACUCAAGGGUGUCACGCUGCGUGCGCCCGACUAUGAAACGCUCAUGGUCGUACAGGCCGGUCGACGUCUGUAUCGUGCACCUGGCCAGUCGCUCAGCUUGGGACAGACGGUUGCGCUCAAUCGCAAAUUUAUCAUGGGCUACCUGCAGUUCAAGGACGAGCCGCGCGUGGUUAAGCUGCGCGAUGAGGUGCUUCGUUACAACAAGAAGCUCCGGUACGCAGGUCUUCGCGACCAUCAGGUGGAGCGGGCAACACGCGCAGGCUGGCGCAGUCUCGGCCUGUUGGCUUACCGUCUGGGUCUGCUCGGACUUUGGGGCGGCUUGGCGCUUCCUGGAGCCGUGCUAAAUUCGCCCAUCAUCAUCCUCGCCAAGAUCAUCAGUCACAAGAAAGCCAAGGAGGCGUUGGCAGCAUCGCAAGUCAAAGUUGCUGGACGCGACGUAUUGGCUACCUGGAAGGUUCUGGUCUCGCUCGGCGUUGCGCCCAUCUUGUACUCGUUUUACGCAGCUCUUGCUACCUACCUUGCUCAUAGGCUCGAGCUAUCUCCGCGCACACGCGCACUGAUGCCGUUGUACACGCUCAUCGUGCUACCUACCAUGUCGUACUCUGCGCUCAAAUUUGCCGAGGUGGGCAUCGACAUCUACAAGUCGCUGCCUCCGCUGUUCAUCUCGCUGAUUCCGGGCAACCACAAAGUGAUCUUGGAUCUGCAGCAGACGCGAACCAAGAUCAGCGCCGACAUGCACGCGCUGAUUGACGAACUUGCGCCGCAAGUUUGGGAGGACUUUGCCGAGAACCGCAUGUUGCCGAGCGCUUCUGCGCCACCGACGCCAUCGCGCGAGGCGCUCGUGUGGAAGGACAAGAAGCAGUCGAGCAGUGCUGCUAGCGAUGCGCUGAGCCACCCGCUGCAGUGGAUGGACGAACGUCUGUUCGGAUGGGGCCGCCGACGUCAUUCGUCGACGCGUCGAUCGUUGACGGCCGAAGAGAUCAAGCAUCUGCGCAGUCCAAGUCUCACGCGAGGGUCUGCGAAGGACGAGAACAGCGUACUGGACGACGAAGACGGAGCGCGAUUCGAGGGAGAGGGCGACGGUUCGUUGGAUGAUGUAUCGGAAGGAUCUUCGAGCUUUAUCGAGAGCGGCGAGGAGGAUGAGGGAGAUUAUGAAGCUGUGUUUUCGAUGCUCAACCCACAGAAUCUGCUGAAUGGCCUGCGCAAUGGAGGCUUGAGCCCCGGCACGCCUGGCUCUGGUGGCCGACGCAGUCGCACGCACUCGCGCUCGCGAAGCGGCAGCCGUGGCAGCAUUGGCGGUGUCGCGAGUGGCGAGACGUUUGCCGAGAAACGCAAUCGGAGCAGCCAGGACCUUCGUGCGUUGAUGAGGGAAGGCGGUGCCAUGUCGCCGACAACAACACGGUCGAGCGGCAUUCUGGAAGGAGCAGGAUCCAAGCAGUCGAGCAGGACAUCCGCGCUUCCUGCCAGUCUUAUCACCACCAACAUCUCUGGCAACGACGGCGAAAAUGGAGCGUCAAAGGCUUCCAACACGUCUCGCCGGAACCGCACGCACUCGCUCUCCGAAGACGUACACGUGUCCGAGCUGAAGAACGCGGGACCUGCGGCGAAAAAGCUGCCGUUUUCGGCUGCUUCGCAGGCGUUCGAGAUGCAGCACGAGGCAAGUGGCGGCCAAGCGGGAUACCGGCCCAAGCUGGAAAACAUGCAGAGUGCAGAAAACACGCCUCCUGCGACGCCCAAGCACGAAGACAAGAAGGUGCUGACUUCGGCUUCGUCUGUGCCGACUGAUUCCAACGAUUUGGACGGCAAGGAUGAUGGUAAGGCGCAGUAA